GUGACGCCUGGAUGGCUGGCCGGCAGUAGCGGAGCAGUUAGGCAUUUCAGCGGCGUUGCGGGACGUUUAAAUAGCGUUCCGGUACUGCAGACUGUCUUGUGAAAAGCGGAACUGGUGGGCGGUAUGCAAUGCCCUGACUGACAGGCUCCUCAAAUAUAUUGGCAGACCACCCCACCCCCAUAGAUCGCUCUGAGUCACAUCCAUAUCCCUCUCUUCAGGUACAGGGGUGUCGCCUCCAGGGCACAGUAAAGAGACCUCUGGUUUAUGGGAAAGGCAGGAACUGAACCCAUGAGAGAACCCGUGUGACAGCCACUGACUGACAGGCGCCAAGGGGAGACCCCAAUAUGCAGGGGGACAUACCUACUAUGAAGGUGUCUGACAGUGAGGGUAAGACGGACCCCACGCAAAGUCCUCUCAAUCAUCGGCCUUCCAGUAGAGGAGGUGGGAGCAGCAAAGCCUGGCAGUACAGUGAUCACAUGGAGAAUAUAAGCGGUUACCUGAUGAAGUACACUAACUUGGUCACUGGCUGGCAGUUCCGAUAUUUUGUGCUGAAUAAUGAGGCUGGACUGUUAGAAUAUUUUGUUAAUGAGCAGUCCAGGAAUCAGAAGCCUAGAGGAACAGUCCAGCUUGCCGGAGCAGUUAUUUCACCCAGCGAUGAAGAUUCCCACACCUUCACAGUUAAUGCUGCCAGUGGGGAAUUGUACAAGCUAAGAGGAACUGAUGCCAAAGAACGCCAGCACUGGGUGAGUCGGCUACAGAUCUGCACUCAACACCACACAGAAGCCAUUGGUAAGAACAACCCCCCUCUGAAAUCCAGAAGCUUCUCACUGGCCUCUCAGGGCAGUGGAAACUCUCCUGGGUCCCAGCGGCGACCCAGCCAAAAUGCUGCCUCCUUCUUCAACCUUGGCCAUAACAGGAUGGUGCCAGCCAACAGAAGAGCUCAGCUGCUGCAGCCAGAUCACUUAGGAGAUGUGCGAGAGAUGAUGAGCAAAGUGGAGGGUCAGCAAAGGGAUCUAAUGCGCAGCAUUGAGGGUCUCCCCACUGCCGGGCACCUAGGUUCACUGGAUCAGGAUCUUCUCAUGCUGAAAGCGACUUCUAUGGCCACACUUGGCUGCCUGAAUGACUGUUUUCAAAUGUUACACCAGCAACAUAUAGCCCUGCAGAGACACAUUACUCCCACAGGUACAACGAUCAAUUGGCCUGAAGCAAAAAUCCCAAUCCCUAAUCAUCUGAAGAAUGGGGAGGAGCCCAGUCUCACGGAGCAGGAAAGCAAAGAGCAAGAGCUUCUGAGAGGGACACAGGUCUUAUCUGAUAGCACCCUGGCUUCUGGGGAACCUGAAGACAUAAACCCAGAGGAUGAGGUCGAAGACGAGUGUGAUCUCAAAGAAGAUGACUUGGGAGCUGUGGAGGAACAGCGCAGUGUCAUCUUGCAUCUCUUAUCCCAGCUCAAAUUGGGCAUGGACCUGACCCGGGUGGUCCUCCCCACAUUCAUCCUGGAGAAGCGCUCCUUGCUAGAAAUGUAUGCUGACUUCCUGUCCCACCCAGACCUCUUCCUGUCCAUCAGCGGUGGCCUCACUCCUGAGGAACGCAUGGUGAGAUUCGUGGAGUAUUAUCUGACCUCCUUCCAUGAAGGACGCAAGGGGGCAUUGGCCAAAAAGCCAUACAACCCCAUCAUUGGGGAGACAUUUCACUGCUCCUGGAGUGUACCCAAAGAUUCUCUGCAGCUUUCCAAAUCUUCAGAGAAGCCCCUCGAAGCACAGGAUCAGGCUCCACAUCCGGAAGACUCUAAUAAACCGGAUUGUUACACCAUUAGGUUUGUGGCUGAGCAGGUCUCCCAUCACCCUCCGGUCUCUGGGUUCUAUGCUGAAUGUCCUGAGCGCCAAAUGUGCGUCAACACCCACAUCUGGACAAAGAGCAAAUUCAUGGGGAUGUCCAUUGGAGUGACCAUGAUUGGAGAAGGAGUCCUGUACCUGUUGGAACAUGGGGAAGAGUACACAUUCACCCUACCUUGUGCAUAUGCUCGCUCCAUUCUCACCGUGCCGUGGGUGGAACUGGGUGGGAAGGUCAAUGUGAACUGCGCAAAGUCUGGUUACUCUGCAGCCAUCACCUUCCACACAAAGCCUUUCUAUGGGGGCAGGUUGCACAGGGUGACUGGGGAAGUGAAGCACAAUGCCACUAACAGUGUAGUGUGUAAAGUCCAGGGCGAGUGGAACAGUGUUCUGGAAUUCACAUACAGCAGCGGGGAAACCAAAUCUAUUGACCUGACCAAGUUGCCGGUGACAAGAAAAUUGGUGCGUCCUGUGGAGAAGCAGGGCCCAUUCGAGUCCAGGCGUCUGUGGAAAAAUGUUACUGAGUCUUUGAGUGCAAAGGAUAUAGAAAACGCAACAGAGCACAAGCGAGCCCUGGAGGAGAGACAGAGGGCAGAGGAGAGGCUCCGAGCAGAGACUGAGACUCCAUGGAUCACAAAAUACUUCACAAAGGAGGGAGAGGGAUGGUUCUACAACCAGCCCCUAUGGAAAAGUUCAGACUCGGACCAGUAAAGGCUUUCCCUGCCAUUGCUGGAUGAUUGUACCCAUUGACUUGACUAGCCAAGAUAUGGAGAUUCCCCUGGGAGUGUUCAUCAGCAGACUGGGGCUGGCACAAAUCCGCAUCUGGGAGUCAGGCAUAAUCUCUGAUCAGUGUUACUUGUCUUCUCUGUCCCACUCUGGAACUUCCUCUAUGAACCCCUGAUACCCCAGGACCCUCAAUUCACUCAGGACUCUGCAAGCAAUUCCUACUCUGUACUUGCAGUAAUAAAUCUUCUAAAUGAC